AUGGAUAUUAGUCAUUGCACACAAACGAACAAUUAUUUUAUUGUUGUAAUUAACUUAUGUUUACUGAUCCAAGGUCAAUUUUAUUUACCACAUGUGUGUUUCAUGACGUUUGAUACGGUAUCGAUAACGUCUGAUCCAUUGAAUUCAAAUGCAACUAUAUUUAUAUGUCCAUCAUCAUGUUAUACAAUGCAAUAUCUAGCUAAUCAGCAAGAAUAUCCCUUAUUUGGUAAUGAGACAUAUUCAGGAAAUUCAUUAAUUUGUAAAUCAGCUUUACACGAUGGUCGUAUCGCACCUUGGCAGCAAGACAACUCUACAUUAACAAUAAGUAAUAGAUCAUCUCAAUCAUCAACAUUUAUAAGUAGUCUUAGAAAUGGGAUUCUAUCAGGUAAAUUAAUUGGCAAUCCGUAUUUCGUUUACCGAUUUCUAAAUCAUCGAAUAAAUGAAACAUCAAUACCCGAUGUAGCUAUAGAACAUCGUGGAUAUAUUUACUCUCAAAAUCAAUCAUCAAGUAUAACAUGUAGAAGUAAAUCAAAUUUAUAUCCAAUUCAAUCGAUUAAUAUGGAUCAUGGAUGGAAAUAUUGGAAAGAAAAUCGUUUGAAAUAUUUUACAAUUCCUCGAAUUUACACCAGAAAUCAAUCUUUAAACUUUUGUUUGAACAAUAACGGAACAUUAAUGUAUUGGGCGAAUUCAACGGAACAAGAAAUCCUUCAAAGCAUUCUUCUGACAACAAUUCAUCAAUUAUUUCAUUUUCAAAGAACCUCACUUAGUAAUAAUACAUUAACUUUUUUUAUUGGCUUAAAACAAAUUAAUCGAAUUAAACGAUGGGAAUCGAAUGCUAUUUCGUAUAAUGAAUCAUUGGGAAUAAAUUUAAUAAACGACGAAGAUUAUUGUACAAUAAUUCAAUCUGAUGGUUUUAAUGCUCAAUCAAUAAGAAUAUUAGACCAUAAAUGUGAUGAUACAACUAUUUAUGGAUAUUCACUAUGUCGUCUUUUACCAUCUGUAAUAGAUGAUGGAAAGAAUUUUAUUUAUCGUCUUGAGAUGGAUAAUCAAUCAAAGAAUUUAACCGGUGUUAUUGAUUUUUGUUCGGAAUUAGGUGGAUAUCCAAUUUAUGCAAAUAAUGCAUAUGAAUGGCAAUUGAUUCAAGAAAUCAUGUUAAACGAUUCAAAUUUUGAUUCCUUUUAUGUUUACACGGGUUUAAUAUCUGAAACAAAACAAGUUGAAAAUGCAUAUUGGAUUCCAACAAAUAUUUCCUAUAAUAGUUCAUUGGAUUUUAUUCAGUUUGCUACACCUCGAGGUAGCGAUCGAAUAGGAUAUCAUUUAUCAAAAGCUGAUGAUGAAUCCUACUAUCUAUUAUAUGAUAUAAAUCCAAAUUCAAGUUUAAAUAAACUUCGAUUUUGUCGUAAAAACGAUAUUCAAUCAUUAAUAAAACAAUCUUCAUCGUGUAAUCAUAAAUCUUGUCUAUCAAAAUGUUUGAAUAUAACUCUUCCAAGUCAGAGUGAUGAUACAAGAUUCGGUUUUUAUAGUUGUAUGCCAAAAAAUAGUUUAGCUGGAAUCGUUUAUACACAAUCAUUUCCAGAACAAGGUGAUUUUAUUCGACCGAAUCUUCCAAUGGAUUAUAGUGUUGCACUUCGAAGAAAUUAUAAUCAACCGUUAAUACUAAGUUUUGAACAAAUCGAUCAAGAUCUUCGAUAUUCAUGUUAUCAAUACAUCAAUUUUGAUACAAUGUCAACAUUAAAUGAUACAAUUAAAUUAUUUUGUAAUGAAUCAAAUACAAAGAACAAAACGAUGAAUGGAAUCAGUUUUAAAAAAGACUUCAAUGGUCUUGUAUCAUUUUCUUUAGAGGAAAAAAGAAUGUCAGGACAUCAUACAAGAUUUAUUGAUUAUCAAUUAUAUGAUAGUCGAUGUCAAAAUCAAGGAAUAUAUUAUUCAUAUAUAAAUAAAUGUAUUUGUGCACCUGGCUUUUAUGGAGAUCAAUGUCAAUACAGUUGCCCGCCAGGUUAUUAUGGGCAAACUUGUGAUUUUCAUUGUUCAGGUGAUGAUGAUUAUUGUAAAGGUUUAUUAAUUUGUUUACCUGAUCCGUACGGAUGUUCGUGUUAUACUGGUUGGUAUGGAACAAAUUGUAAUAUAAGUUGUCCAACUGGUCUAUAUGGACCCGACUGUUCUUAUCAAUGCUCAUGUUUAGAUUGUAAUCGAUUUACCGGUGUUUGUAAUUGUAAUGGAACAGAAUGCUAUCAAGGUAAUUAA